UGUGUGCAUAUUUUAAUGACACUGGAUGAACAAAUGUGUUGCAGAAAACUUCAUGACAGGCCAUCACAUUGUUUUUGAUCGUGAAAAUAUGAAGUUGGGUUGGUCACGUUCCAACUGUCAAGACGUGAGUGACAAAUCAGGCAUACAUCUCGCACCACCUCCCAGUAGUGGAUCUCAGAUUCCAUUGCCGACAAAUGAGCAACAGCACAACAAUAAUACAGAAGCAGUUGUUCCAGCAGUCGCAGGAAGGGCUUCCACAAAGGCUUCUUGGGCUUCGCCACUGCAAAUUCCCACCCUGCUCUGCAUAUUCAGUCCAUUCCUACUGCUGCUGCUAAGGUUUUUACUUUAACCGUAACUCCAUAAUCAUUUCUCAUGUAAAUCCUAUCAAUUCUUGUCAGCUUUACCAAAUAAGGAACAUCGUACCAAUUUUUUUCU